CGGGAACACAAUGCCUCUUGUUCGACACAGCAAAUCCAACGCCAAGGGACGGGAGACGUGUAUCCCAUACUCGACGAGUGAGAAUGGAAAACGUAAUCGCGUUUACCUGCUGAAGAACGGUCUUGUAAGCAUGAAGACCCCUAGAGAUAUGGUCAAAAUUGCGAUAUCCAACUCCACAAACUCGCCUAUCCUUUGUCUUCCUGCUGAGAUACGAGCCAAGAUCUUCCGCUUCGCUCUUAGUGGCCCAGAUAUCGAACUUAUAGGUGGCGACGCUGGCCAUAUCUAUAUGAAAAUCCCUACCAAGUAUACUUCCAUUGUCCAGCAGUACGCCUUCGGCCUUCUUCAAACUUGCCGCCAGAUAUAUGCUGAGGCCGCAACCCUCGUUUACUCAGAGAAUACAUUCGUCUUUCAAGAGGCCAAUCUGGUCCAGCGCUGGCUUCGCCGUCGCCUCCCAGCUCAAAAGAUGGUUGUUGAAUCGAUCAAGGUCCCGCGCCGCUACUACGAGCGCAUUGCUUAUGGUACCAUACCUCGAACAUCUGCAAACUUCCCGGCCCUGAAAUUUUUGGUCAUCGUGAAGGAUCUCGAGGAGCGUAAAAUAUCUAUAGGUCCCCGUCCACCAGGGCCCAGGAUUCGUGUUUCCUUCCGAAGGGGAUACACAGAGGCCGAGGAUCAAAAGUUAGCGGGUCGGGUUCAGGCCAGGGAGAAGGCAGGUCUUAAGGUCAUUCUUGAGAAAGAGCACGGUGAGAUAGCUUUCGCGGUUCAUUUCUGAAUUCGACUUCAGGGACAGGAAGUCCUGGAUUCAGUGUUGGCUGCAUAAUUGGAUGGACUCUGGCGGUAUUAUGGAGUUCAGGUCUUUAGGAAUGUAUAGCUAAGUCGCAUGGUGACAGCGAGGUUUCAUGCGCAAGGUCCGAGGGGUUGAGUACUGCCGAUGCUUUGUAGGACGAUAGCACAUUAACAUUGUCAGCCUAUAAAGCGAGGAGGGUAAUAAGUUACUGCAGCAUAGAUAUCCACGGAUUCAUUGAGGGUAACAUGUAGAUCGAGA